AAGCUGCAGUGGGCCUGCCCCCUUUAGCAAUCGGAUGUUUACUUGCUUUGUCAGCUGUGUCCUCGCAGCCUAGCCUACUAUAGUCUACCUCCGAAUUGAUCAGAACCUCGGACUUGAACCCCAGAACAGCAAUACAUCAGACCGCCAAGGUUCCUUGUCACUCAUUUCCCCUUCUCUGCUACUAUAGGACCUAGAACAAGGGCGCAUUACGUUCACUUUAGUUGUUUUGCUAACCAGUAAAGAUGACAUUAAAAUCGAAUAAAAACGAACCCGCUGUCAUACUUGAGCGGGUGAACAGUGCUCGAACAGCCCUCUCCGACCUGUACCUGGAGCAGCUGCUUCAAAACAAACCAAAGCCAGAAAAGGGGGUCAUGCCAGCCUAUGAGACAAAAGGAGCAGAAGUAUACACCAAUGGCAGUGCUGGUCACAUGAACGGAACUGAGCCAACUAGGAUGCGUGAGGUGGCGUUUGAAAAAAAUCCCUCAGAGCCCAUGGGGGUGACUCUGAAAUUUAAUGGAAAACAGAAGUGCACUGUGGCCAGAAUAUUACAUGGGGGAAUGAUACAUAGACAAGGUUCCCUACAUGAAGGGGAUGAAAUAGCAGAGAUCAAUGGAACGAGUGUGGCCAACCAAUCUGUCGACCAGCUACAAAAGAUCUUGAAAGAUACCAACGGAGUAGUGACAAUGAAAAUCAUCCCCAACCAGCCAAGGUGCUCUCUUGUGUGUGAGACGUACAUGAGGGCUCAGUUUGACUACGACCCUGCCAAGGAUGACCUCAUCCCAUGCAAAGAAGCAGGGCUGAAGUUCAAAACGGGCAACAUCAUUCAGAUCAUCAACAAGCAUGAUCCAAACUGGUGGCAAGGCAAGGUGGACAUCUCUACUGCCGACUUUGCUGGAAUCAUCCCCUCCCCAGAACUUCAAGAAUGGCGGGUGGCAAGUAAAAGCAAGGCCACAGAGGGCACCCAAUCCUGCAGCCCCUUUGGAAAGAAGAAGAAGUGCAAAGACAAGUAUCUGGCCAAGCACAGCUCUAUCUUUGACCAGUUGGACGUGAUUUCUUAUGAAGAGGUUGUCCGGCUCCCUGCCUUCAGCAGAAAAACCUUGGUGCUUAUUGGCGCACCAGGUGUAGGAAGGAGCCACAUCAAAAGCUCGUUGCUGACCAAAUACCCAGAGAAGUUUGCCUACCCCGCACCACACACCACCAGACCCCCACGUAAGGAUGAGGAGAACGGGCAGGAGUACUACUUCAUCUCCAAUGACGCCAUGACCAAGUGCAUCACUGGAAAUGAGCUGUUGGAGUAUGGCAGCUUCCAGGGGUUCAUGUUUGGAACCAAAAUGGAGACUAUCCAGAAGAUCCAUGAGCAAGGAAAAAUUGCCCUGCUCGAUGUGGAGCCACAGACAUUGAAACUUUUGCGGACGGCAGACUUUGCGCCUCUAGUGGUGUUCAUCGCACCUACCAACUCAGCUACCCAGUCGGAAGCUGUGCAGUCGAUCCAGAAGGAGUCAGAUGCCAUCCACUCCACCUACAGACACUUCUUUGAUGUGCUGCUGGUUAACAACGAUGUUGAUGAGAGUGUGAAAGGAGUGGAGGCGGCCAUAGAGCAAGCCACUUCCACCCCACAAUGGGUGCCAGUUUCAUGGGUCUACUGACCCGUGUAACCCCGAACAGUCUAACAAAACUGCUUUAAUAUCACAAGACCUGGCCACGCAUUACUGAUACACCACCAGGUUUGGGUAGCAGCUAAUCGCUAUGGUUACUGUCAAGUUUUGCACGAGUGCAUAAAAAAAAGCAAUACAGACGAUACCAUUUGAUUUCAGAAAGUAGAAUUAAACUCACCACAAAGGGAUAUUUUACAUCUUUGUAAGAGCUUAGUGCUUCUGGCUUUUCAGGUGCUGAAUGAUGGGUGCCAUAUGACUGCAGCUGAUUAUUAGCAUGUGAAUGCAUAGAGGACCACUAACUGUGAACGUAACACUUUACCUGACAGGGUUUCAUCAUCAGUAUCCUUAUCUCGGGUUCAAUUGUAAACAGGGUGUCAUGAAAUGUUACAUAACUAUAUUGUCCAUAUGGUCAUGUAUUAAAAUACAGGGAAAACGUGUGUUCUACAUUAAAUUGUCAAGGUUC